AUGCAUCGUACCCCACCUCGCGGUGACGUCAAACUUCCGUCAGCUAAGCUUAGUGCGGUGACGAAGAAAAGGAACGAAGUAGAGGAGUUGCUGUCCAACCAAACUCUUGACCUCGAACUGAUUAGGAAGCUUUAUACUGAAUAUCUCGUUAAAGUCGACAAUCUACUGGAAUCUUGUGACAGCCAGGAGCUUGGUGAAUGGGUCCAUCCUCACAAAAAACGGAUCGAUUCAUUCCGUGAUCGCAUCGAAGGGCUUUUUGCUUCUCAUAGGGAGGUGGAUUGCGCAAGUCGAACCGAAGCAAGGUCUUCACGCUCGGUCCGUUCUCAUCAUACGUCUGCGUCGAGUACGUCAUCAGCACGAAUCCGCCUGGCAGAAAAGAAGGCAAAGACUAUCGCCGAUAAGCAACUUCUCGAAAAAGCGAAAGCUCUGGAGUGUGAGGAACUGGCCCUAAAACGCGAACAGGCAAGAUUGCAGGAUUUCAAGAGGAGAGUUGAGGUUGAACGCGCUGAAAUCGAAAACCAGGUUUUAGAAGCUGAACUCGAUAAAAUCGAAAGGAGCAGCUCCUCGUACGAUCGACGCUCAUCAGUUCAUUCGAUAUACGACGUUGGUGGAGCCACCCAUGGCGUUGCAGCGCGAGAUUCGGAGGUCGUUCUUCCCAAUGCGCAAAGUGACUCCCUUCUUCACGUUCUUACGAGACAGAACGAGAUCUCGAGCAAUUUGAUUAUUAAUCAGCAACAAAGCUUCUUGCCCAAGCGUGAACUGCAAUCCUUCGAUGGAUCUGACGCAACAGAAUUCAAUGUGUUUCUGCGUAAGUUCGAUAAAAUGAUAGAAACGAGAUGCUCCGAUCCUGCGGACAGACUAUCAUACCUAGAGCAAUUUACAGCGGGCGAAGCACAGAAGUUGGUGAAAAGUUGCAUCAAUGACGAUCCCGACAUUGCUUACCGGCAGGCCAGAACUCUGCUUAAAGAAGAAUUCGGGAAUGAGUUUAAAAUUGCGCACGAAUACUUGGAACGCUUGAAUAAGUGGCCUCAGAUAAAGGGCGAGGAUGUCGGAGCAUUACAAGAUCUCUCCAUUUACUUGCUUCGAUGCCAGAGUUAUCUCGAAUCUGCUUCCCCGAGCAACCCUCUGAACAGCCCUGUAGAAAUAAUGAACAUUAUUCAGAAGUUACCUUACAAGACCAGGGAGCAGUGGCGUCGUAAGGCUUAUCAGAAGCAGAAGAACGCCCAAAAUGUGCACUUCGGCGAUCUCGUUAACUUCAUUCGUGAAGAGGUUGCCCUUUUGAAACAACCCCUGUUCGGACAGAUUACCGAUCCCCGAACCACAACGAAGGACAAGGGUAAUAAAACCAAGGUCAACGCCACGAUGCUCCAUGACGCGAAGAUUUCGGUGCACUGUGAUUACUGUGAAGGUGCAAAUCAUUCCUUGGAACAGUGUUCAAGUUUCAAGUCCAGAUCCUUUAAGGAAAAAUCGGAGUUCGUCAAGAAGCACAAUCUUUGUUUCGGAUGUCUUCGACGAGGUCAUACGUCGAAAUUUUGCAAGAACAGAAGAUCUUGUGCGUUAUGUCGCGGGAGGCAUCCAACUAUCAUGCAUGACCCGACGCUUCGAAUGGUCGAGAGGGUUCCCCUCUCCGCUGAACCGGGGAGUGGGUCCGAAGCUAAGUCUGAUAUUCCGUCGGAGUUAGACGUAUCCGGGGAAAGCGAUCGCUCCUCUACUUCAGCCAGGGCAAGUUUCGUCGGUGGGGCCGGUGGGAUUAAAGGCCGCGUUAUGUGUCCAAUAAUUGCCGCUAAAAUUAGGAUUCGAAAUGGUCAAUUUAUCACGGUGAACGUCGCUCUCGACAGCCAUUCAUCGGAUAGCUGGAUUAGGGACGAUCUAAUUGAACAGUUGGGUGCCGGUACUCGCCCCACAAAGGUUUUUUUGAGCACCAUGGAAAACGUGAAGAAGGAAUUGACGACUGCUAUUUUGACCCAUUUGGAGAUCUCUCCGCUAGAUGACAGUAAAUUAACGUCGAUUCCCAUUCUGUUUACGAAGCCUUCAGAAAGCUGGCCUUUUUCAAGAGACGAUAUUCCCACCUACAAAGACGUCGAAAAUUUGCCUUAUUUGGAAGAUGUGCCAUUCGAUUUUGUGACCGUCGAUGUUGGCGUCCUGAUAGGCAUGAACUCGCCUGGUCUCAUUAAGACCUACUCAACGGUUAGUGGCGAGUGGGAGCAACCGUUUGCAUCGCUUCACUGGCUCGGUUGGGCGUUCAACGGUCCAAUUGCAGGACGUCAGCAGGGAGCGCGUUGCAAGCGGUCGUGGUUGAAUAUUCAAAACCUAGAAGCGGACAUCGAACGCUUCUUUUCGCACGAUUACUUCGAGCCGGACGACCAGCCCACAACGUCGGUCGAAGACGAAAGAUGGCUCAAUAAGGUUAAAACCAGUUUACGACGGACUUCGAAUGGAAAUUAUGAGAUCGCGUUGCCGUUCUACGACGACAACGUUUCGUUCCCGCUGAAUAGAAGACAGGUCGAGGCAAGGUUUGCGUCUUUGCUAAGGAAAUUCCGGAAGGACGAACGAUUUGCGAACGACUACACAACCUUCAUGAAUGGAUUGUUGGAAAAGGGUUAUAUUGAGAAAGUACCCGAAGAUGAUAUCGUGGUUCUUGACGAGUAUCGGCUUAAAGUCCAUGUAUUUGGUGCUCGUAGUUCGCCGAGUGUUGCCAAUUUUGCCCUGAGACAAGCCGCCGUCGACUUUUCAACUGACCCGCGAACGAAAAGUGCGAUUUUCAACAACUUUUACGUGGACGAUGUUCUUAAAUCAGUCGAAGGGGUGCAAGAAGCGGCAACCUUGUAUAGGAACAUCGGGAGGGUCCUUUCGCAGGGAGGCUUCAAGUUGACCGGAUUUUGUGCCAAUUCUAAGGAGCUCGUGCAUUUGGUUCUUGGCGUCGGAGAGUCGAGCGUUGUCGGACCUGUUCAUGAAAUAACCGGACAUGCACCAAAUAGCAAGACUUUGGGUCUCGCCUGGAACACCCAGGGAGACGUUUUAAUGUACAAUUUCGACCGGCUUGGCCGAGGGGCGACUCGUCGAGAUGUCUUGAGCAUUGUUGCAUCAAUAUACGACCCCUUGGGCGUUGCGUCACCCACUAUAGUCAGAGGCAGGAAAAUAUUCCAGGAGUGUUGCCGCCUCAAGUUGGCCUGGGACGACGUGCUGCCUCCCAUCUUGCACAAUGCUUGGGUGAAGUGGUUAGACGGCAUCAAAGAAUUGAACUUGAUCAAGAUCCCGAGAUGUAUUAGAACCCCAAGGAUCACCACAGGCGAGGCAGAAUCAGUCGAACUUCAUGUAUUUUGUGACGGAAGUGAAAUGGCCUAUGGAGCCGUUGCCUACGCAAGAUUCGUUUCAUCACGUGAAGUGGAACACUCUCAUGAAGGUUUGUCAUGGGAGCGAGGUGAUUCAUCCUCCCGGGAGGUAGCCGCGCUGACAUGGGAGCUGGCCAUGGCGGCGAAGUGA